GCCAUAAAUCGUAAAUUGAAAAACACCAGCGACAGCAUAUUUGAUGUUCUGCCGUAGAUACAGUGGUCACACAGGAAAACUUGACCAGCUAGUCGGCAAGUCACAUGGUUUUCAUGACAGUCCUAUCUGCACGCGACUGGGAUCUGCUCGCAAAGGUUAUAAUGAUGGGACCUUUUGUUUAACCCGAAAACUGGUUUGAAAAGUAACGUUAAACUACACCACUGAUACAUUCGGUGGCCGUGAGACGUUGUGGUGACACAGCGAGAGCGUCCCGUCAACAUGAGCCCCGAAGGAAAGUCGCUGCUCAACAUCAUCGUCCUCGGCUUCGGGUUUAUGUUCAUGUUCACCGCCUUUCAAACAUGCGGGAACAUCGAGCAAACCGUUCUGAAGAGCUACAACAGCUCAGACUUCCAUGGCAGCGGAUACACCAGUAUGUCCAUCAUCUAUGGCGUGUUCUCGGCCUCCAACCUCAUCGCUCCCUCAGUGGUGGCCGUCAUUGGUCCACAGCUGGCCAUGUUCUUCAGUGGUCUCCUCUACAGUGGCUACAUUGCCAUGUUUAUCCAUCCGCUGACCUGGAGUUUCUACACGGCAUCGGUUUUGGUCGGCAUCGCCGCAGCAGUGUUGUGGACUGCCCAGGGGAACCUGUUGACCAUUAACUCCUCGGACAGCACCAUCGGCCGGAACACCGGCAUCUUCUGGGCCCUGCUGCAGUUUAGCAUGUUCUUUGGGAACCUGUACGUCUACAUCGCCUGGCACGGGAAAACGCACAUAUCAGAUAGGGACCGCCAGACGCUGUUCAUUUCCUUGACGGUCAUCAGUCUGGUGGGGAGCUUCCUGCUCUUCCUGAUCCAGCGGGUCGAACCAGACCCCGCCCCUUCUGAGUCCUCUGAGUCUCUGUUGCCCGCGGAAACCACACUCACAGACAGCAGCCCUGCAGUGCUUGCAGCACCUCCUGGUUUAGGCUUCCAGGCCCUGGACGCCUUCAAGAAGGCUUUGAAGCUGUUUGUCACCAAAGAAAUGCUGUUUCUCAGUAUAACCAUAGCCUACACGGGGCUGGAGAUGACCUUCUACAGUGGCGUUUAUGGCACUAGUCUUGGAGCCAUGACUGUGUUUGGAGACAACGCCAAGAGCCUGAUCGGCCUCUCUGGCAUCUGCAUUGGCAUCGGGGAGAUCCUGGGAGGGGGCAUAUUUGGGAUGCUGAAUAAGUAUAUCCAGGUGGGACGGAACCCUGUGGUGCUGCUGGGGCUGGUCACACACUUUGUGGGGUUCUUCCUGAUCUUCCUCAACAUCGCCAGCGACGCUCCCAUCGCACCUGAGGAGGGGACACACCUGCAGGCCUUCAUCACGCCCAGUGUAGAGGUGGCUCUGUUGUGUAGUUUCCUGCUGGGUUUUGGAGACAGCUGCUUCUACACGCAGCUGCUAAGCAUUGUGGGAUACAUGUUCCGCGAGGACAGCGCACCAGCCUUCGCCGUCUUCUAUUUCAUCCAGUCCAUCAUGGCGGCGGUGGCAUUCCUGUACAGUAACUACCUGCUGCUGCACUGGCAGCUGUUGGUGCUGGUGGUGAUGGGUUUUCUAGGCACGCUCAGUUUCUUCGUGGCCGAGUGGCUCGCCGUCCAACGCAAGCGUGACUCUGACUACGACAGCAUCUAACCUGCCCUGGUGCCAACCCCCCCCACCCACCCACACACACACACACACACACACACACACACACUCACACUCGUGCAUAAUGGCUGUGGAAGGCCAGCUGACCGCUCCUCAGCACAGGGUGGCACAGUCCAGUCUCUGGGGCUCUGCUGACUGGGGGGGAGCUGGCAUGAGAGACUGUGCCAAGCAGCCAUAUUUUCCUUCCUUCAUUUGUUUUGUUUUGUUUUGUUUUUUUUGUGUAAUGUUUGAUUUGUUUGCUAUCCAGAGAACCUGGACAAUCAAGGAAGAAUCCACUGAUGGUGCCUGUUCCACUCCAGUGGGUAAGACUUUUGUGAUUUCGCACACACACAAACACACACACUACUUACUAAUCCCCACGCAUCACACCCCACGGUGUCACAAAGGGAGAUUUAGUUUACUUUAUAAGACUCAGGAGAGUGCACUUCUGCACAUCAGUUGGAGCGUGUGUGUGUGUGUGUGUGUGUGUUUCGGAAGAGAAAAAAUACACUCCCCCCUGAAGCUGGAGGUUGUGUCAUUGUUGCAGAAUGAAGGGCCUGGAUGAGCACAGGAGUGAAGUUGUUUUUAUUUAUUUUAUUAUGUUGAUCACCAGGGACAAGUCUGCCAAAGAGUUCGCUGUGACUGAAAGCUUUUCCCCGUCUCUGCAUUGCUUUGUGCCUCGUGUGUGUGCACGCCUGUGUUAGUCACUCUGACUAACGCCUCUCCUGAAAGGAUGAGAUUGAUGGCUAGUUGGCCAUGCUAACGCAGUGCUGAUGGCUAGUGGGCCAUGCUAACGCAGUGCUGAUGGCUAGUGGGCCAUGCUAACGCAGCACUGAUGGCCAGUGGGCCAUGCUAACGGAGCGCUGAUGGCUAGUAGCCCAUGUUAACGCAGCACUGAUGGCUAGUGGGCCAUGCUAACGCAGCACUAAUGGCUAGUGGGCCAUCCUAACGCAGCACUGAUGGCUAGUGGGCCAUGCUAACGCAGCGCUGAUGGCUAGUAGCCCAUGCUAAC